UUCCUCUCUCAUUUUCACUUAAUAUAUCUGGAGUCUGGAAAUAUAUACUAAUUUGAAGACAUAAGGGCAUGCAGUGAGAUGCAGGGGAGUUGAGACAAAUCCCUUACCUGCCCAUACUUUGCACAUUUUCUCCCCUGACCGCCAUCCAAUCUCGAGACCAGUGGACCCCUAAAGGCUUCUGGCCACAGUAAUGCUUUUAUCUUCUUCCAACCUGAUAGCUCCCCAGACAAAGGAACCAGCCACCUUCUGGCAGGGUGCAGCUGCCCCUCUCUUGGGUGAUGACGACACUGUUGAAGCCACCAUCACUCACAUUAGUACUAAUCCUCCUGUCCUUCUCUAACUUCUAGGAAUGGGAAAAGGGGAAGGGAGUGGUAUGUGAAAUAGUCUAUGGAAAGUAUUUGAGUGCGAGGUGAUGGAGUGAGUGAUCUUUCUCAGCCUCCUUCCCUUUUGCUACCUGAUUCUGCCCCAGUCUCACUUGCUUCUUUUAGAGCAUUUUUUCCUCAUACAGCAGCAUAUUGAAUGUCUCUGCAUCUCUAGAGUCUUGAGAAUUGAAGUAGACUCUGGUGGAGCCUCAUCUGGGGUUUAGGAAGGACUCCAUUGGGCAUUUCAGGCCUCUGAAUCUUUGAAGGAGGUUGAGGAAGGCAGUUCUUCAUCAUUCUCUUUUCUGGAGGCUUCUGAGAAUGUCUCUUCCAUGAUCUCCAUGUCUCCUUCCCCAGCCUGAGCCCCCCAUGACCACUGUCUUCAACUUAUUUCCCUUACGCAAAUCCUGGCCCAGCCUAGAAGACAGCUGUAACCUCUAAUCUUCUCUUCUCUGAACCAAAGAAUCCCUUUCACAUUUCUAGAGAACGUCUGCCUCCCAGACCUUUCUGUCCUUAUUUCUAUGGCUGUCCUUUGUAUCCUGCGUAAGCUCUCCACAUCCUUCCCAAGUGAUUAAGAGCCCAGCAGGACUCUAGUAGAGUGACCCUUGAUCUAUAGAGGGGCAGGAAAGUACACUCCAAUUGGUACUCCCAAGUACUCCCAGGAUCUUACCAACCUUCAACCCUCUCUUGGAGGAGAAUAUGACAUGACUGGGGCCCGAGUUGCCCUGACCCUUUGUGCCUUGGGAGGGCAAAUUGGAGAGGAUAGGGCAGUUGCUGCUCUGGAGGCUAUGUACCAAGCACUGGGUUUUAAGAACUACCUUAGAAGAGUGGCCAAGGCGCAGUCUUUCCAGAAAGAACUGGCUCAUUUCAGAGAGCUUUUGGAUGCCUACAGGAACCCCAUCAGCUGCGCUUUGGUCGUCCUCUUAGCUCACAGUGAAUGUCGAGGGUGGCUGCUGGGGCCAGAUGGGAGGGAGGUGCAAGAGAAGGAGCUGGUUGGAGAACUGAGCCACUGCCAAGCCUUGUGGGGCAAAGCCAAGGUGUUUCUGUUGCUGGGCAGCCACGACAACUUGGAAUCCAAUGCUUUUCUUCCCAUUCUGACAGACCACUGCAGGCACUUUCCCCACUGGCACCUACUGGAGGUGCUCACCCAGGUCAUUGGCAAAGUAACUCAAGAGAUGCCUACUACCACAGAGCACAGGUGCCCCAUCUUCCACAGCUCCCUUCGGGGUGCACUGUACUUUGGGAGAACAAGGUCACAGGACCUGGAGGUCAGCCCCAUCCCUCAAGGGGUAUAUGACAUGUCGGGGGAAAAGGUGGCCCUCGUCUUAUGUGUCACCCAGGACCGCCCUGGGGCUGAACAGGACCUUAAAGCCCUGAAGAGGUUGUUCCAGACCCUGGGUUUUAAGAGCAUUCUGAAGAUGGACCCCACUGCCCAGGAUUUCCGAAAGGAGUUGGCUCAGUUUCGGGAGCAUCUGGAUGCUUGUAGGACCACUGUGAGCUGUGCCCUGAUAGCCCUCAUGGCCCAUGGGGAACCCCAGGGGCGGCUUCUGGGGGCUGAUGGACAGAUGGUGGAAGUGGAAGAGAUGGUGAGAGAGCUGAGUACUUGUCAGGUCCUGCGGGGCAAGGCCAAAGUUUUUCUGCUUCAGGGGUGCCGUGGAAGUAACAGAGACCCCGGCAUGAGCCCUAGAGCUUUGCCCUGGCUAGGACGCUGGCUACAACACUGGCUACAGAGGCCUUCAACUAUCCCCUCUCACGCAGAUGUCCUUCGGGUUUAUGCUAACAUGCAAGAUGUCUCCUCCAGGGAGGACUUUCCUAGGAAUGCAGACCAAGCGGACAUCUUGAGAGUCUAUUCAGCUGCGGAAGGCUAUGUGGCAUACCGAGAUGAGAAUGGCUCAGACUUUAUCCAGACUCUUGUAGAAGUUAUUAUAGCUGACCCUCACCAGGACCUUCUGGAGCUUCUGACUGAAGUAAACAGGCAGCUGUGUGAGAUGGAUGUGCUUGGUCCAGACUGUGAUGAAAUACGAAAGAUGAACUUGGAGAUCAGGAGCUCCUUGAGAAAACGAUUAUAUCUAAAGGUCUGAGAGUCGGAAAGCAAGGCAGUGAAUUUGGACCUUCAAGGACCCUAUCCCUCAUUUUUUCACAACUUUUUUUGUCUUUCUUUCUCCAGUGCCUGGCACAUAAUAGGUGCUUAAUAAAUUCCUUUUUCCCUCCAAUCUUAUUUAUGUAUUUGUUAUCUUUCCUUUCGCCCCCCAUUGAACAAUUGAAAAAGAAAACCAUUAUGAAAAUGUUAUAAAUA